UACAUUUUUUCGGACGCUCAAAGUUCGCAGACUGUUUUGGGACGAUGGAUCCGAGCCAGCACAACCCUCCUGCCGGGCACCAAAUCGUCCACGUACGGGGCGACUCCGAGACCGACCUGGAGGCUCUCUUUAACGCCGUGAUGAACCCGAAAAACACUAUCGUGCCCCCUUCCGUACCCAUGAGGAUGAGGAAACUGCCAGACUCCUUCUUCAAACCCCCUGAACCAAAGUCCCAUUCCAGACAAGCCAGCACCGACGCUGGGACCGGCGGAGUCCUCACACCCCACCAUGUCCGGGCACACUCGUCCCCGGCCUCCCUGCAGUUGGGAGCUGUUACCGGUGGCUCUCUGUCUGGCAUGCCCCCACCUUCCCCUCAACAUCUCCGUCAGUCCUCAUAUGAGAUUCCUGAUGACGUGCCCCUGCCCCCGGGCUGGGAGAUGGCCAAGACCGCCUCUGGCCAGAGAUACUUCCUCAACCACAUUGAUCAGACUACGACCUGGCAAGAUCCUCGCAAGGCCCUGCUCCAGAUGAACCAGGCUCCCCCUCCCAGUUCUGUGCCAGUCCAGCAACAGAACAUUAUGAACCCAGCCAGUGGUCCUCUCCCUGAGGGCUGGGAACAAGCUAUAACAUCAGAGGGAGAAAUUUACUACAUCAACCACAAGAACAAGACCACAUCCUGGCUUGACCCACGACUUGACCCGCGCUUUGCCCUGAACCAGCAGAGGAUCUCCCAGAGUGCUCCAGUGAAGCAGGGAGGGCAGCUCCCUCCCGGAGUCAUGGGAGGCAACAACCAGAUGAGACUGCAGCAGAUCGAGAAGGAGAGGCUGAGACUGAAGCAACAGGAGCUGCUUCGGCAGAGACCACAGGAGCUCGCUAUAAGGAAUCAGCUGCCCACCAGUAUGGAUCAAGAUGGCGGCACCAACCCUGUGUCCUCCCCUAUGGCCCAGGAUGCCAGAACCAUGACCGCCAACAGCUCUGACCCAUUCCUCAACAGCGGGACCUACCACUCCAGGGAUGAGAGCACAGACAGCGGCUUGAGUAUGAGCAGCUACAGCGUCCCUCGCACUCCGGAUGACUUCCUCAACAGCGUGGAUGAGAUGGACACAGGGGACCCUCUUCCACCCUCCAUGGCAACACAGCCCAGUCGUUUCCCCGACUACCUGGACGCCAUCCCAGGAACAGACGUAGACCUGGGCACCCUGGAGAGUGAGAGCAUGGCGGUGGAGGGCGAGGAGCUGAUGCCCAGUCUCCAGGAGGCCCUGAGCUCUGACAUCCUCAAUGACAUGGAAACGGUGCUGGCAGCUACCAAGAUUGACAAGGAGAGCUUCCUCACGUGGUUAUAGAAGAUCUGAGCAGGACGCUCCUAACUCCUCUCCCCACACUCUGAACUGCUGCCUGCUCUUAUCUGUGAAGAAGUCAUAGAUGCUUUGACAAGACAUUUCAGCGAGCCUCUCUGGACUUCGGUUUCUGUCUCGGCAUGUAAGGCCAACCUCUUUUGAGGCAGUAUUGUUCUUUUCUUUUCACUGGUGUGUUAUCUCUUUAUUUUGUCUGUGUCUUCAAGGCUGGCCUAUGAACAGACAAUAACGCAAGGGUCCCCAAAUCUUUCACAGAUCUUUCAGUGAAUCUAGGGCAUCUUUACCUAGAGCAGGGGUCGUUCUUUCCCCUGGUCUCCCCUCAAAGCUGAGCUGGGUGGGUGCAUGAACUCUUCUACAAGGACUGCCAUCAUCAGUUAUCACCUGGAGUCCAUGGUGCUCCUUUUUCUUGCAAUAUAGCAUGAAGCAGCACUGCUUGACUGCGUUUGGGACUGUUGCAUCUAGCUUAUAUAGCUUUAUAUUUGGCCUUGUACGUUUUUAUCCUUUUAUAGUUUGUUUUCAAGGAGCCUGAGAAACCAAAAAUGAUGUAUUUGAAGCAUAAAGAACAAUACUGAUUUGGAGUAAAGGUCUUGUGAGUCCCAGUUUGGACAUGUUGGCUUUGGGGGGGUGGGGGGUUUUCGCCUGGGGACCGACUACAUUGCUGCUUGGCUGUGCCAGCAAGUCUAAGUUAAACCUUUGUUAGAUCAAGUGCCUUCAGUAGUAUUUUUUGAGAUGCGAGCAACACAAACAAUUACUAAGUUUCUGUAAUGCAGCAAUAAGCAUUAGGCUGUGUUCGCUGACAUCAGCCACACUUUCCUUUUAUCUAAUGUUCAAUAAUCAAAAUUGUAUUUUUUGUUUUAUACACUCAUACGGGGAUUUAGGGAGUUCUGCUUGUUCUUUUUAAACCCUAGCUUCUAAGUAUCUCAGUCUUAUUCAAGCCUAAUUCAUGAGUCAUUCUUCGUUUUAUCUUUUUAGUAUCCUUUUUAUUUUUAGGUUACAACAUAUGUAUGAUAGCUUUGAUCAAAUGGCAUUUUGCUUCAUUUUUAAUUUCUUUCAUAGAUGAAUUAAUACCUUUUUUUUUUUUCUUCUUAAUGGGGUCGACUGUUUUCACAGCACACCACUUCACCAAGAUGAAGUCUGCCAAGACACAGAAUGAUUCAGUUUUGGCUUCUUUUUUUUUUUUUUUUUUUUUUUUUUUUUUACCAUUUAGCUGAUUCACUUCCUGUCUCUGAUUUACUUUAUACAUAUUAGUGUUAUUGUUUUUUUUGUUGAUCACAUGCAGCUUUUACUAUCUUUCCUAAACAGUAACCAAAAAGGCAGAUCUCUUGGCUAAACAGAAACUACAGCUCUUUGAUCAAUUGAACCUUGUGACAAUGUUCAUUAUACAAAAGUUACAAUAACAGUCUUCCUAAGGGGGUAGCGGAACCCCUCUGUGCGAUGCUAUGUGUUGAAAUGAGGGGUUUAUAGACUACAGCUAGGACAAGUUUAAGCAGGUUUGAGAGCCAUGUUGAGGGGUAGUGUAGAGAGGCCAGGGUUUGACUGACGGCAGUGAGUUACGCGGAUUGUUGAUUUUUUUCUUUUGUUUCUUUUGGUGAAAUAAUUAAGAAACAAUCAGUUAUUAUCUCAGUCAGGAAUUGUUAUGGCAGAUUCCAAAGAUAUUUUUGUUAUGACGCUAACACUUAAUUUCGCUUCCAUUUUCACAGAGUCCAGAACCAGUAUGAUUUGUAAAUCAGCCUCCGAACACACUGUAUAAGCUAAUGAGAAAAUGAUGUAGGUUUAAAGUGUUAAUGGACAUGUCUAUGAAUAGGUCUAGCUGAGAGAUUCUUUUUUUUUUUUUUUUUUUUUU